CGAGCCAACGCCCCACUACAUUCGAGACCUACUUGCCUCCUUGUCCUUUUGCGGACAACCACGCUGUCACCAUGAAGAUUCUUUAUAUGGGCGUUUUCCGGAAUGACACCCAGCCAGCUCUCCAGCUAUGCGGGGAAAAGGAUCUCAGCAGCUUUUCGCGCUUCACUCGUCAGAACUACGAUGAAUUCCUGAUGCUCUUCACCCGAACGGUCGCCGAGAAGACAAAGGCAGGCCAACGGCAGGAUAUUGAAGAGAAGGCUUACACAUUCCACGCCUACGGGCGGACAGAGGGUGUCUCCGGUGUCAUUGUUACAGAUGGGGACUACCCUGCCCUAGUGGCCCACCAGCUUUUGGGCAAGAUUGUGGACGAGUUCCUUGCCAAAUACCCACGCACUGCCUUCUCCGACCCCUCUUUGCGUGAGAAUGCGUGCCCCAUGCCGCAGCUCAAGGAAUAUAUUGUCAAGUACCAGGACCCGAGCCAGGCUGAUAGCAUCAUGAAGAUCCAGCAGGAGCUUGACGAAACCAAGAUUGUCCUUCACAAGACGAUUGAAAGUGUUCUGGAGCGCGGUGAGAAGAUUGACUCCCUAGUUCAGAAGAGUGAUGGACUGUCAGCCCAGAGCAAGAUGUUCUAUACCCAGGCCAAGAAGCAAAACUCUUGCUGUGUUGUGAUGUGAUGUGAUGUGAACGGGGAUUGGCAG